GCUGUUUCCUGUCAGCUGAUCCUCAGGCGGACACAGAGCAGCUCGUUAGCAUCCAUAAUGAUCCGUCAGCUUCUGAAAUGAAAGUUACAGACCCGUAAGAACCACCUGAACCAGCUGGACUAACACCUGAACACACCUGUGUGUGUGUGUCUCUGUGUGUGUCUGUGUGUGUGUGUGUGUGUGUGUUCAGCAGCGCGAGGCUCCGGAUCUUCAGCAGAUAGAGAGCGCUGUCCUUCUUCUGCUUCUCUUCUCCUCCUCUGUUUACUGGAAAAAGUUCCUCUCCUCUCCUGGCCACUGAAAGGCCUUUUUCCGAACCUGUUGCCAGAAACGGACACUUGCUGAGAAAGCCACAGUGUCCGACUGAACUGGAUUCAAUGAGGGAGCCAGAUCGGGAGGAGCAGCCUGAAGACAACAUGCCCCCCAAGUUUAAACGACACCUCAAUGACGACGAGGUCACGGGAUCCAUCCGCAGCGAGAGGAGAAACCUGCUGGAGGAGGACUCUGAUGAGGAGGAAGACUUCUUUCUGAGAGGGCCAACAGGACCCCGAUUUGGCCCUCAGAAUGACAAAAUGAAGCAGGUGCAAUCGCAGGUCGACGAGGUGAUCGAUGUGAUGCAGGAGAACAUCUCCAAGGUGAUAGAGAGAGGCGAGCGUCUCGACGACCUGCAGGACAAGUCGGAGAGCCUAUCGGACAACGCGUCAGCCUUCAGUAGCCGAGCCAAACAGCUGCACAGGAGGAUGUGGUGGCGAGACAUGAAGAUGAAGAUGAUUAUUGCAUUGGUCGUCGUUGCUCUCCUGCUCAUAAUCAUCAUUCCAGUGAUACUCCGAUAUCGCUAGUGUCCGACGAGGAGGGCGAGGGAGAACCCUCCUCUUCCUCUUCUUCCCGUCUCUCUCUGUCUGUAUCUCCCUGUCUCCUCUGCACACAGUCCUCCACUCCCACUAGGGGGCACCAGCCAGCCUCCCACGCCCUCCUCAGCGUCAGCCCUGUGGACCUGGCAUCGUCUCACCCUUAGUACGGAUCUUAACGUCGGUAUUUCCACAUGAAUCUGCUGUGAGAUCAGUACUAAGGCUCGGUUUGAACCUAACACAGGAGAAUCGAGGGUGGGGGUGUUUUAAUGUAGUUUGGGAGAAGGCGUUGACUCUCAGCCCUCUAGUCAAUGUGAAGGAGACCUACACACAUGUAGGGCCCCCCGUCUUUGCCUUGACAACAGGGAAACUCCAGGUUGUGCAUAUUACGUCAUAUAGAUAGAGAUAGAUGCUGUAAAAGCUGGGGAAUCCACGCCAACUAGCUGGUUCUGAAUGUGCCGCAGCAGCCUCGUAUAAAGGGGCUCUAACAUUUAGUGAAUGAUCCUCAGAUCUCUACCCAUGAAUCCUCGUGUGCCGUCUUCUCCCUUCACCCGAGGAAAGAUUUCAUUGUCCGGCACCGAGGCGAGGGAACAUCUGAGGUUCAUCUGUCUUAGACGCUUCUUUUAAUCAGCAACAAGGCUUUCUGACAGAAGUGAUUUCACUUAUCAGGUAUGUUUCCUCAUCAGUGCCGAUGAUUUGGAAAAGUGACCAGAAAGAAAGAAAGAAAUCGGCAUCUGUUCAGACAAACAUCCUGAUUAUUCUCCUCCAUCAAUCGCGGCUUCUCCGUUUUCCGUCUGCCUCUUGAUAGCUUGUUAUAGCGUACAGCGGGACCACAUCAGACCAAAAACAUCCAGGUUACGAAUGUCUCCUCGCCACUUUAAACCUCUCGCCUUCCUCCCUGAGGUUGUGUUGAGCUCUCUCCACGGCACAUCGACUUUCCCCACUGCUGACAUUAAACUGUCUCUGUUUGGUUUUAACACUGCUUUCUUUUUACACUGUUCUUAUUUCUGCUGGCUGCUCAAUGUGAUUCUCGUAUGAAUGCUGGUUUUCCCGCUGAAGGGACAUUUUUUAAUCUCUGUUACAUUACGUUGAAGGAGGGGUAAUUUAACCGAGCUGUGAAACAAAUUUAGGUGUCGUGUCUGGAUUAAUUAACUGUAUGAUACAAACAAGUCUACAAUGUCAUUUUUAUUAUUUUGAAUGUAAUUUAUUUUAGCUGUAAAUAUUGAUUCUGUAAUGAUGUACAAUACUCUGGCAUUGCAUUGGAAGACUGUGAUAUAUAUAUAUUGAUCAGUUUUGCUUUGAAAUGAUAAAUAAAGUGAUUUUAAAGGGCA